CUCUUACACACAAGUCGCGCUACUGACACGCUCUUGGUGCCAUUUUCGAAUCUUGGUGGUACAGUUUCUUGUCUUCUAGUUCUUCCCCCUUCCAAACUUUGACUCACUCCGAUACGCACCCAUUCUCAGUAAGAGAAAAUGGCUGCUACUUUUUUUCACCAAACUGCAGGUCUUCAUGGUUGGGCCAUUGAUGUCCCUACCUUUGGAUUUUCUAGAGUAUUUGGGAAAUUAAUCUCAACGCGCUUUAUUUGCAAUGCUACUCACCAUAAAUUGUACCCUGUUCUUGCAUCAGUUUCUCGUGCUUCUGUUGUUGACCCCAUUUCAGCACACUCCAUUUCUCAUGACUCAUCAAAUGAGAGUACUUUGAUAUUGAUCCGUCAUGGUGAAUCUAUGUGGAAUGAGAAGAACUUGUUCACAGGAUGUUGUGAUGUGCCUUUAACUAGGAGAGGAGUAGAGGAAGCCAUUGAAGCUGGCAAGAGGAUUAGCUAUAUACCAAUUGAUCUAAUUUUUACAUCUGGGCUAAUCCGAGCACAGAUGACAGCUAUGCUUGCAAUGACUCAACACCUCGAAAAGAAGGUUCCUGUUAUCAUACAUAAUGAGAGUGAACAGGCAACAACGUGGAGUGGAGUAUACAGUGAAAAAACCACUAAGCAAUCCAUUCCCGUUAUAACAACUUGGCAGUUGAAUGAAAGAAUGUACGGGGAUUUACAGGGUCAUAAUAAGAAAGAGACUGCAGAAAAAUAUGGGAAGGAUCAAGUACAUGAAUGGCGUCGAAGUUUUGAUGUUUCACCUCCCAAUGGGGAGAGCUUGGAAAUGUGUUCCCGGAGAGCUGUUGCCUAUUUUAAGGAUUUUAUUGAACCGCAGCUGAAAUCAGGAAAGCAUGUGAUGGUUGCCGCUCAUGCGAACUCACUGAGGUCUAUCAUAAUGUAUCUGGAUGGACUGACCUCUCAAGAGGUCACUAGUUUAGAAUUGUCAACUGGUAUACCAUUACUUUACAUAUAUAAAGAGGGGAAGUUUAAUAGUAGAGGAAGUCCCGUGGGACUUACAGAAGCUGGUGUUUAUGCAUAUACUCAGAGCCUAGCAGUUUACAGACAACAAUUAGAUGAUAUGUCACAUUGAAGUUACUUUUCCCACUUCAUGUGAAAGUUCAAAAUGGUAUAGACAUAGAAGUCUACAUUCAUUUUUGGUGGAUGGUUUCAUAGUUUACUUUCUGGGUGUCACUGUUCUGAGAAUUAUAUAUGUCUUCUCGUAAGCCCUUAUAACCCUUUCAAAAUUCAAGAUUAUCAGAAGGAAUUUAUCAAUCAUGAACGUUUUCAAAUCUGUGAUGGAAAAAAGAAAGCGAGUCCCAAAAAUUUCUGUACUGUACAAUGCGCAGUUGCCACAUAACAAUUUUGGAUGGAGAGAUAGUGAAAAACAAGUAAGAAUUAUUGACACGAUGUUUGCUAUAUUUCUUUAUAAGUAAAUUGUUUGAUUUUGUCAUGUAAAUAUUUGAAGUAUUUUGGAAAAUUAUAUAAUGUAUUGAUACAGUGAAAUAUAUUGAACGAGUAUUUGAUUAGUGGACAUUAUUUUAUCUUAUCUUGCUUGAACUAGUCAUCAAAUGAUUUCAAAAAAAAAUUAUCAUUUAACAAAGGAUUUAAUUAGCAAAUAUGAGAUUGAUAUGUUGUGUUUGGUUGAGACUCGUGGUAUCAAAAGGUGCAAUGUGAUUGGUUCAUAUAUGAGGGUAGAAACACGUUUUUUUUUUGUCAUACUAGUGUACAACUAUGAGGCGUAGAAGGAAUACUAGUCUAACAGUUACCGACAGUGACGGUAAUGUGGUUCGGGAUAAAGAAAUGUUGAAACAUAUCGCGGUAGAUUUGUUUCAUAAUUUAUAUUAUGAAGAUGGCAAUGCUCAACCUUGGGAAGUCACUGAUGAGUUUUCCUAUUUAGAUCAACAUUUGAAAAGUUGUCU